GUCGCACGGAUCUGUCAGUAACCGGAUACGGCGUGGGGGUCGGUUUGUAAACCAAUGCAAGUCGUUUUUUUUUAGUUAAUUUUUUUUUCAUAUGUUCAGCAAUAACCUUACCAGUUGUUAUAAGUCUAUUUGUCUUGGUUAGACUGGGCGUUUUGUUAUUAUAAGCACAGUAAUGGAGGAAAUGGUUUAAUAACCAACAGCACUGGUCAUUCUCAGUAGCUCCAGCUUCUCCCGGUGUUACCGGGUGGGUAUAACUUGCGCAGUUUGUUGUUGGACAUGGCAGGGGGGUUAAAAGCGGGAUUCGUGCGGCUUAUGGACUAUUUGCAAGACCCUCAACACGUCGCGCGUUUCCAACGGUUGUGCGGGGUGCGCGGGACCGAGCUGCGUGACAGAUUCAGUAACGGGGUACCAAGCGCUCGCCACGGGGAUGUUCAGAACGGAGGCGGGGAUGCCACCCGCCGUAAAACAGCAGGAGCAGAGAGCGACGGGGAGAAACGCAAUAACGGCGUGGCGAACGGGGCUGCGGGGGAAAGUGUCAACGGAAAUAAAAACGGGGUCGAGGCUCAAGGAUCCGCGGUGAAGCCGUUGCGCAGGAACUCUCUCACCGGAGACGUCGGGCAGGAGUUCAUCAUCGAGAAUAAGUUUCUUUACUACCUGUUCACGCUUGGUACCGAGCUUGGGAACGAGUUGUUUUAUAUCUCAUUCUUCCCGUUCUUCAUGUGGAACGUGGACGCGUAUGUGAGCCGCCGGCUAGUCGUGGUUUGGGUGUGGGUCAUGUACCUCGGCCAGUGCACGAAAGAUCUGAUCCGGUGGCCGAGACCUGCCUCGCCCCCGGUGGUCAAGGUGGAGAUGUUCUACAACUCGGAGUACAGCAUGCCCUCCACUCAUGCCAUGUCCGGGACCGCCAUACCUUUGUCCCUGUUCCUGAUGACCUACGGUAGAUGGGAGUAUCCUGUGCUGCUGGGUCUCUCUCUGAUUAUCAGCUGGUGUGUCCUGGUGUGUUUGAGCCGCAUAUACAUGGGGAUGCACUCUAUACUGGACAUCAUUGCUGGUUUUCUAUACAGUUUGCUGAUCCUUGCAGUCUUCAGUCCUGCUCUGGACAUCAUUGACAACUUUAACCGCACACACCCCUACGCCCCGCUCCUCAUCAUCUCGCUUCACGUAGGACUAGGCCUCUUCUCCUUCACCCUGGACACCUGGAGCACCUCACGUGGCGACACCGCCCAAAUCCUGGGCUCUGGGGCGGGUAUCGCCUUGGCGUCCCACGUCAACUACCGCCUGGGUCUUUUACCAGACCCCCCUGCAUCAAUGUUCCCUCUUCAGCCCCCGUCUUUCACUCUCACCCUGAUCGGACUCUGCCUACUCCGCUUUGUACUUGGUGUCAUCAUUCUCCUAGCUACCAGAGCUGUUAUGAAAGCUCUCACCAUCCCGCUCGUCUGCAGGCUACUUGGGAUUCCCAGCAAUGACGUUCGGAAGGCCAGGCAGCACAUGGAGGUAGAGCUGCCGUAUCGUUAUAUCGUCUACGGAACCGUGGGGUUAAAUGCGCUUUUCCUUGUGCCUUUCCUGUUUGCACGUGUGGGCCUGUUAUGAUUAGGUGGAAGAAACACCUAUUCUUUCGGCCAAUUAGAGCCCAAUUGGACUGCAGAGGACAACUCCCUUCGAAACGAAAUGAUUGGAUUGAACUAAUGCCAAUCAUGCAACACUGUGCUGCACCUUCCAGAAUGCGUUUUCCAUCAUUUAUAGCAUUUUAGCAGAUUUUCUAUUCUAAACACCUGUUUGGUGUUGAUCCAGAGAUUAUUGCUCUUCUCUAUGCAGUUUGCAUUGCAUGUAUAGUGCAGUAGCAUAUCUAUCAGAUUCGAUUCUGAUCUAAAAUCUUAUUGUAAACUUUUGUACCCUACAGCUCAAGCAAUACAGCAUUUUUGCUAAUUCUCAAACUUUUGUCUAAUAUUUUGUUCACGCCACAGUAGGAGGACUCAAACUCUUGCAUCAAGAGUUGACUGACAUCUCUCUUGCAAAAAUAGUGUGCAAAAUCUCUGCGAUGAAUCUGUUGGAACUGAUGCCAGCAUUUAUAUUUCUUUGUUUGCGAGAUUUAAAUUUGAAAUCUCAAAUGUUAAUAGAAAACGCAAGCUUUGGGAGCAGUGUUGAUCUUUGUGAUCAUUUUUAGUGUAAAGUUUAGUUUUGGAUCUAAAACAGGUUGGACUAUUUCUCCAAAGACCUUUGUAAUUGAAGCCUUAAAUGGAUAGUUCAUACAAAACGUCAGUUCUGUCGUUUACUCGCCCUCAUGUCCAAUAUUUGACAAGAAAAUAUUUUGAGAAAUGUCUAUAAUAAUAAUGGAAGUCAGUGGGCUCGAAUGUUUCUAACUUGUCAUCCACAAAGAAAGAAGGUUAACAUGUUAAAAAUUACAUGAGGAUGAGUAAAAGCUGACAGAAUUAAAGGAGAAGUCCACUUCCAAAACAAAGAUUCACAUAUAAUGUACCCACCUCCUUGUCAUCCAAGAUGUUCAUGUCUUUCUUUCUUCAGAUGUAAAGAAAUUAUGUUUUUUGAGGGAAAACAUUCAGCAUUUUUCUUCAUAUAGUGGACUGAUAUGGUGCCCCAAUUUUGAACUUCCAAAAUGCAGUUUAAAUGCGGCUUCAAAUGACCCCAAAUGCGGUUGUAAACGAUCGCAGCCACGGAAGACGGGCCUUAUCUUGCAAAACGAUUGGUUAUUUUCAUUUUAAAAAAUAAACCAAUCAUUACGCUAGAUAAGACCCUUCUUUCUUGGCUGGGAUUGUUUGAAGUUGCAUUUAAACUGCAUUUUGGAAGUUCAAAAUUGGGGCACCAUAUCAGUCCAUUAUAUGGAGAAAAAUGCUGAAAUGUUUUCCUCAAAAAACAUAAUUUCUUUAUGACUGAAGAAAGAAAGACACGAACAUCUUGGAUGACAAGGGGGUGAGUAAAUUAUAUGUGAAUCUUUGUUUUGGAAGUGGACUUCUCCUUUAACUUUUUUCACUUUCUGUUGAACUGACCACUCAGAAUCUUCUGAAUAUUGCUUAAUAUUGGAUCAGUUGUGAAAUUAAAUGCAUGUCAGGGAGUCUGGCUCGUAAUCAUAAUUUUAUUAGAUCUUAAAUCUCAGUCUGCGUUUAUUCCCUGUAAGUUGCUGCUUAGAAUACGGUACUGUGUUUGUAAAUACAUGCGGCGUUAUUGAUCGCAAAUAAAGCGCCACUAGACAAAUAAAUGUUUUCUCUACUAUCAUUUAGUGAUGUGUUUUUCAGUCAGGUUUGCCACUCAGCCUUUGAAUAAUUCUGCCUUCUAAUAGUCAAGGUUGUUUAAUGUAUAGUCGAGAUGAAUUUGUGGUACUGAUUUCAAUGCACUGUUCCCAGAUUGCACUGCUCUGCUGCCUGCUGUUGUGCGUGUCGCUGCCAUGAUUUUAUAAUAGGUCUGGCUUGCUUGCCGCUGUGUGCGUGCAUUUUUGCUCUUCCUGUGGCCUUGUGUGUCUUUGUGCACAUGUAAGUUCCUUUUUUUGUUGAAAGAGAAGGUGGUUUCCUUCUCCAACUCCUUCUGUAAACAGGAUUGUUUUGGAUGAUGAGAAAAACAGCUUUUAUCCUCAGUGCAGAGCAACGCUGACCUCUGACCCCUCACCUAGAACAAUACAGAUCUGUGUAGAUUUAAGGUCAGGGAUUAAAUGGAAGAAACAAAGAUUGGAGGUUGAGUUUCUGGACCAGUCGGGCUUGUUCCUUACUGUGUGGUUCCAUAAUUGUGUUUGUCGGAAGAUAGAUUAUAUACGUUUUUUUUUUUCCUUUUCUUCUCUCAGGCCUGUGUUCUAGUAAUCCAUAAUGUGUUUAUGACCAAAUAUAAGUGCUUUUAGUAGCUGUAAAUGUAUUAUGUACUUUUCAGCCCUGUGCUGAAUCAUUAAAAAAAGCUUAAAGGGUUAGUUCACCCUUCGUUCAUCUUUGGAACAGAAAUGAAUAUAUUUUUAAAGAAAUCCGAGAGAUUUUAGCUAUGUUUUUGGUACAUUUUUGGACCUUGAACGUGGUAGGAACCUUGCUGUCUAUGCAGGAUCAGAAAGCUCUUGGAUUUUAUCAAAAAUAUUUUAAUUUGGUCAUACGGGUUUGAGUAAUUAAUGACAGCAUUUUCAUUUUUGGAUGAACUAUCCCUUUAAGACAUGCUAUAGCCCUUUCAUGUUUAUUUAAUAUUUUUAUACCAAUAUUUUAAUAUCAUUUGAUAACUGUUUAACUAUUUAGUAGUCUCAGGUCAAUUUGCUUUAUUUUCCCAUGUCUAAAUUAACACAAUUUCCCUAGAAUCAGCACGGAAUGCAGAAAAAGGCAGGAGAAUUGGUGUGGUCCUGCUUGUGACCUAGAUUAAGCUCCUGAGAAACUGGUCCAGCGGUGAAGUUUUCAUUUAAAAGUGCUUUAUUUCCUUUGAUUUGGUUUCCUCUGGUUUUACUGGAAAUAACACAGCUUCUUCUGAGUAAACAGAUCCGAUUUGGAUACCACACAGUGCCUUUUAUGUAAAUCUCUGUUAUGUUUGAUAAGCACAGACAAUUAUUUCCAUCUGUUUCUUUUUUCAUUCUUCUUUCUUUCAUCCAAAUAGAACAUUUGUUAAAAAUUGAACUGAAGUGGAACAUUCUAAAGCAGAAUGAUCGCUGCUCAGUCUAUUCCGUUUCAUCCAGUGUUUUCUAAAAAUUAAAUGUUUAAAUUAAAGUACUAAAUUACUAAAACUGAAAUUUAAAAAAAAGCUAAAUGACAAAAGCACAUAAAAUUACAUUGAAAACUGAAAUUAUAAAACAAAUAAAACAAAAUUAUAAAAGCUAAAUUGAAAUAUUUGUAAAUACUGUAAUAAAUAAUACUAAAAUAAAAUUGGGUUCAUCUGUGAUUAGCUCUACAUCUUUUGUUUUUCAACAAAAGAAAAAAGUUGCAUGUUAAAUGUGUCAGUUAUAAUUCAUUGGUGUUCAGUUUGCUGUCAUAACCAUUUCAUAAAUAUAUUACCGUAAAUUAACAUUUGUUUCAUUUGAACAGACACCCUCCCAUUGCUUUGGGUGUUUAUUUCAUUGUAAAGUCACUGAAUUGUCUGGUUGUUUUGCUACUUUGUCAUUUUUCACUCUCUGUACCAAAUGUGUCCCAGAAGCUUUGGAUAAUGUGUUUGUAUGAUGUUAUUUUUGGAGCUCUGAUUCUCCUGCGUGAUAAUAAUCUUGGUCUUUUUGAUUUUCUUUUUAAUGAUCUGUAAAUACAGAUGACUUGGCCGUCUCUACAUAUUGUUGGAGGCAUUCUGAAGAUGUUAAGAGCUUAAUGUAGAUUCAUUGUAAAACCUGCAACUAAUUAAAAAUACAAAAAUGUAGCUUUUGAACUGAAAAAUAUACUGACCUUCAUACAGCGCUCAACACCGGAAGGAUCGCACUCCCACAGGGCUGAAAACAUAAAGCACAAAUGACCAAGAAUUCAGUGUUAUAAGCAGACCUGUGCCCUUAUGUUAAUAAAAUGGCUUGUUAUAGAAGCUUUGUUCAAUUUUUUUCAUAGAAAUUGUUAUCUGAUGAUCUUUAUUGUUUCCUGCAUCAUUACAUUUGAAUAUUAUGCUCAAUAAAAAGCAAAAAGGCUAUUA